GGCGGCGGCCGCGGCGGGAGUGAAGGGAGACUGAAGCCGCCAUCGGGCCCCGGGCCGCACGCAAUGCAGCAUAAUUUGUUUUGUAUGAUAAAAUUCUGAAAGAACUGGUGUGCCCAAGAACAAAAUAACUAUUUGAUAAGGAAUGCCACGUACAUUUGACAAAUUAUCAGCAUGAUGGCUGCCACACUGCCCGAUGGCCCUCCCUCUUCCCUUGUCAUCCAGUCUAAGACUCAUAAAGACACCAUCCUGACUAACUUUGAGGAACAGAGGAGACGAGACUUUCUGUGCGACAUCACUCUGAUUGCUGAGGACGUUCACUUCAAAGCCCACAAAGCGCUGCUGGCGGCCAGCAGUGAGUAUUUCUCUCUGAUGUUUGCCAGCGAGAGGCAGCAAGGACAAGGCGUGUACGUGCUGGAUGGAAUGGGCGCCGACACGUUCGGCGCAGUGCUGGAGUUCAUGUACUCUGGGCGCCUGAAUGUAUCGGAGAGGUCCAUCCAGCACAUUGUGAGCACAGCCGAGGUGCUGAAGGUGACAGACUUGAUCAAAGCCUACGCCGACUAUCGGGACGGCCAGUUGCACGUGAAGGUGUCGCCGGCUUCCGACGGGGUUAAAGCGGCGGUGGCGCAGGACGAGCGGCGGGCGAAGCCGAAACGCAAGAGGGGGAGGCCUCGCAAGUGCGAGCAGGCGGGGGCGGGCGGGAGUGACGCCGACUGGGAGACGGGAAGCGGCCCACUGGAGCUCGGAGUCAAACCGGGCCGACCUGCGGAAGGAGCGGACGGUCAAGCGAGGGGCGAGGGCGACGGCGGAGGGAGGCGGAGCGGUGGCGCCGCCGCCGCCGAUGAACCGGACGGCAGUGGCGACACAGAGGCAGAGCGGCUGCGGCCGACGCCGGCGCAAGGUCACGAUCGCAGGCUGGCGGGCCGAAGCCGCUGCAGCAACCGCAGGAUCCAAAGGCCCAUGAAGCUGCUGGGCUACAAGCUGGGCACGGCCGAGGAGGACGAGGACAAAACAAGGAGGCGCGGGAGGAAGAGGAAGUAUCCGAACGAUGAGGCCAAGUGCGAAGACUGCGACAAAGUGUUUAAGAAUCACUACUUCCUCACCAUACAUCAAAGGACACACACAGGUGAACGACCGUUCAAGUGUUUUGAAUGCGGUAAAGGGUUUUCACAGAAGCACACACUUCAGGUUCACGAGCGCAUGCACACGGGGGAGCAUCCUUAUCAGUGCACGGUCUGUCAGAAGUCUUUGACCACCAAGCAUUCUCUUCUGGAGCACAUGAGCCUGCACACAGGAAAGAAGGCCUUUAACUGUGACCAGUGUGGAAAGCUGUUUACUCAGAAGAGGCAACUGAAGAGCCAUUAUAGGGUGCACACAGGUCAGUCUUUGCCUGAAUGUGCGCAUUGUCAUCGUAAAUUCAUGGAUGCUGCACAGCUCAAGAAGCACGUGAGAACCCACACAGGUGAGAAACCAUUUACAUGUGAGAUUUGUGGUAAAUGUUUCACUGCUAAGAAUACCCUGCAGACCCACAUACGAAUCCACAGGGGAGAGAAGCCGUUUUCCUGCACCGUGUGUGGAAAGUGCUUUGCCGAUCCGAGCGCCAAACGUCGGCACGACGCCAUGCACACCGGGCACAAGCCGUUCGUUUGCCCGUCGUGCAACCAGCGGUUCACCCGCGCCGACAACCUGAGGUCCCACAUGAAGAUUCAUGGCAAGGAGAGGAAGGUGCCGGGGGCAGUGAGCAUUGGCGGUGCGGAGGAGGUGAAGACCAUACUGCAGCUUCAGCAGUAUCUGCCCGCGUCGGGGGAACAGCAGAUACAACUGGUGGUGACCGACGAUGUCCACAACAUCAACUUCAUGCCCAGCCACGGGGAGAGCAUCAGCAUCAUAUCGGCGGGAGAGUCGCCCAGCCUGCCCGAGGACCAGGCCUCAGACCUGGCCAUGAUCACCCAGCCAGCUGAGCACAUGCAGAGCCUGACCCUGGUGUCCCAGCCCGGCCAGACGGCCCUGGGCGUGGCGGAGGGCCAGACGGCCGGCGGGCAGACGCAGCCGGUGCACGUCAUCACCCUGACCAAGGAGGAGGUGCAGAGCCUCCGCGACCAGGCCCGGCAGCUGCACGUCACGCCUCACGGGAGCUUGCAGCCUCUCGGCCUGGGACAGGAGCAAGCCGCCCAUCCAACCCCCCCGCCCCAGGAGCAAGCCCCACGCCUCCAGCACCACCGACCCGCACGGGCCUCGCAGCCGCCCAGCCAAAGAAAGGCCGCGAACCAAGGUUCACAGCCAGUGCAGGGACAACACGUUGCAGAGCACACAUUCCAACUGCAGGCCGGCACUGUCUCCUACCUCUAUGCUGCCAACGUGGUCUCACAGAACUAGGGAGAUGACGCUGCGUCUCAAAUGUGUAUCACGCUGUCUCUUGCCUAUGCACCACCAACUAAAUCACACAGAACUAGGGCAAUCACACUGCAUUUCGGCACACUGUUUCUUACCCCCAUACCCCACUGUUUCUUACCCCCAUGCCGCCAAUUUAGUCUCACAGAACUGGGGCGUUCACACUGCAUUUGAACUGUGCACCCCAAUGACCAAGGGGCCUGUUUCCACUCUGAAACAAGUACACAAAUUUCAUAUUGAUCAUUGAUCAGUUGGUGCCACAUGUAACACUUCCUUAAGCAAGUUACUUUGUUAAAAGCAAUCAGCCUUUCAAUUGAUUUUGUCAGAUCA